AAGGCCUAUUGUCUCUGGAACACCUCAACCCCCCUAUGACCCUCUCCUUUCUUCCUCCACCACAUCCUAGAUAAUUCCCAAAUCUCCAGAGAGAGAGAGAGAGUCUUAGAUCAAAACAAACUGGGUUUCAGAUCAAAAAACUGGGCAAAUGUAGUUUUUCCUAACCCAGAAAAAAGUCUGCAUCAGCUACAACGUUGCAACUGAGUAUAACAGUUUUGAUUUUUCUGGAGAUUGACUACCUUUGACCCGCCAUUAAUGAGUGUAUCCAAGCUUCAUCACUAGCUCAAAAGCCCCACUCUUUUUUCUUUUUUGGUGUUCUUGCUCAAAACCCUGUUCCUCUUCCUUUCCUUUUUUUUUUUUGUUUUUUUUGUUUUAAACUGUUGAAUCAAGUGAAAGAUGGGUUGUUGUUACUCGAGAAUCGAGAGACAAGAAAUGGUGUCGAGAUGUAAAUCGAGAAAGAGGUACAUGAAGCAGUUGGUCAAGGCAAGACAAGCUUGGUCGGCUUCACACUCCAUGUACCUACGAUCUCUCCGAAGCACAGGUGCUGCUUUGCUCCAAUUUUCAAAUGCCGAAACUACUCUCCACCACCAGCACCAGCACCACCCCAACCACCCAACCCAACACCAGUCCCACCACCUCAACAACCACACCCACCACUCGCCGCCGCCGCCUCAAACCCCACAGACUCCGCUUCAACCGCCUCCGCCUCCUCCGCGGAGCCCAAGCUCCGAGACCACGUGGACCUCCACAGCCUCCACCGCCCUGCCGCCUCCUCCGCCGCCGCCGCCGUCGUCCACGUGGGAUUUCUGGGACCCUUUUGUGCCGGCUUCGUCUCGGUCGGUGACCGAGGAGGAAUGGGAGGCUACGACCACCGCGUCGGAGGCGGUGGUUACGACUGUCACCGGGGCGGCGAGCACCGUGGCGCCGCCUUCGGUUGUUAGUGGGUUUUCGAAGGACAGUGAGGCUAGCUCGAUGGCAAUGGUGGUGUCCAGGAAUGCUAAGGAUCUGGUGGAGAUCAUUAAGGAGCUUGAUGAGUAUUUUCUUAAAGCUGCCGAUGCCGGUGGCCAUCUCUCGUUUCUCUUGGAAGUUCCCACUCCUGGAUUUUCUUCUCAGAUUAAAGGAGGUAAAGUAUAUAACCAUGGUUGUAAUUUGAAUACUCCAUCUACAUGGACAUGGGGUUCGAGUCCUAAACUCAAUGGUUUCGGGAAAAUGGGUUGCGACGAAAUGGUGUUAAGUCAUUUAGGCAGCGAAAUUGGGACUGAUGGUGUGGUACAUAGCAGCCAUUGUUCUACUGUGGAGAGGCUCUAUGCUUGGGAAAAGAAACUAUUCCAGGAGGUCAAGGAGGCAGAGACAAUAAAGACAGAGCAUGAGAAGAGGGUGUCAACAUUGAAGAAGUUAGAGAUGAAGAGGGCAGCAGACUAUGUGAAGACUGAGAAGUCCAAGAAAGAGGUGGAAAAGUUGGAGUCACAAAUGAUGGUUUCUUCUCAGGCCAUUGAGACAACUUCUGCUGAGAUCAUCAAGAUAAGGGACACAGAGUUGUACCCUCAACUACUUGAGCUUGUCAAAGGAUUGAUGUGUAUGUGGAGAAGCAUGUAUGAGUGCCACCAAGUCCAGAAGCAUAUAGUUCAGCAACUCAAAUACCUUAACACCAUACCAUCUACUGAGCCCACGUCUGAGAUUCACAGGCAAUCAACUCUCCAGCUCGAGGUUCAUGUCCAGCAAUGGCACCAGUCCUUUUGCAACCUGGUCAGGGCUCAAUGUGACUAUAUCCAGUCCCUUACAGGAUGGCUCCGGCUUAGCCUCUUCCAGUUUAGGAGAAAUCCUUUACCAAAAACAAGUCAAGAAUCAAGAAUUUACACGUUCUGUGAAGAAUGGCACCAUGCAGUUGAUCGGAUCCCAGACAAAGUAGCAUCUGAAGGAAUCAAGAGCUUUUUAACUGUAGUGCAUGCCAUUGUAGUUCAACAAGCCGAAGAAAACAAGCAAAAAAAGAAGUCAGAAUCUGCGUUUAAAGAGCUCGAGAGGAAGUCAAGUCAACUUAGGUCACUUGAGUCCAAACAUGGCCCUUUCUCAAUGCUAGAUUCCUCUAGCUCUACUGCAAAGAACCCAGUCGCUGAUAAGCGAGCAAAGGUGGAGAACUCGAGAGUAAAAGCAGAAGAGGAGAAGAACAAGCAUGAAAAGUUUGUGAGCGUGACAAGAUCCAUGACCAUAAAUAACUUGCAGAUGGGGUUUCCACAUGUGUUUGAGUCGAUGGUAGGCUUUUCAAGUGUGUGUAUGCAGGCGUUCGAGUCAUUAUAUAACCAAGCCAAAAGCGUUGAUCAGGAGCUGGAUGUUAAGAGGCUACUAAAUUAAGGAGAAAGAUGUGGGAUUGGAGAGAAUGACAGCACUCUAAUCAGUUUUUGUGUAUAGAUCCCCAUGGAUUCCCUAAACUUAACACAAUGUAGGCAGAUUAGGAAACAAUGAAAAUGCGUGACUUUGGCUGUUUGGGGGUAUGACAAAGAAGUGUUCGAAUAUUCGGAAUAGGGUAAGGAGAAUCUUUAGUUUUCGACUUUCAACAGCCUUGUGUUUUUAUGUAAGAGUAAUAGGUUUUGAAUGCUCUUCCUUUUCUCUUUUUUCUUGUGGGUUGACUGUAGUUUUUAUCUAAUUAUUUCUAAUGAAGGGUUAAGGUCUUAGAGGUUUA